AUUUCGUUCGCGCAACAUUCACCUGUGAACGCAUCUCAUUCUUUUAACCAUCAUCAUCCUAACCUUCUUACAGUGAAUACCAUCACAAUUCACUCAAUACCCUUAUAUAUACCCUAGACGCCUCGGUACCCUCGGCGUCUCGGCACCAUGAACCACCCAGCGCAGGGUGGGCAAUUCCCACAAGGUCAGACUCAAGGCCAACCUGGAGCCGCUCAACAGCAGCAGCAACAACAGAACCAACAGAGGCGACCGCAACAGAUCAUUCUGUAUAAGCCGGAGCAGAUGCGAAACCUGCCGGAUCAAUUCACCAGCGAAAAGGCAAAGUGGGAACACGGUCUGAGACAACUGUGGGCAAUUCACGACGCAAACGCCGAAGGUACACAAGAACACACCGAUGCGAAGCGCAAGAUAUUCGAGUUCUCCAAAACUUUGACCGCAAAAAUGCAGGCAUAUCGAAUGGCGCAACAACAGAAGCAGCAAGCCCAGCAGGCUGGUGGUAAUGGAGGUGCUCCAGGUGGAGCAGGAGCACCACAGCAGGGUCAGGGACAACCACAAACACAAGCAGGAGAGGGUAGCGCAUCUUCCUCGACGGCAGAACAGCAGCAGAGAGCCAAAACUUCACAAGUUUCGGCCAAAGUCAUGGAACAUGUGAGCAAGUUCCCAUACGUUCUGCCAGCUGGUAUCACGCAAGGAACCCCCGAGGCGGCCAAAUGGCUGGGCGAGGCGAAGCAGAGAUAUCUCAAGGGACUUGUGGCUAUGGAAGGAGCAACGGCAAGACUGGCAGCCUUAGAUGCUCAUCAAAUGAGAAGAAAGGAGGCGGGCAAGCCAUUGACGGAGGAAGAGCAAAAGGAUAUCCGAGAGAAAAAGGAGCACUUUACCAAGACUCACGCCGAAGCGAAGCAAUUUGUUGAUAACUUUCGAAAUCAACAAAAGGCUGCUCAACCGCAAAAUCAAAAUCAAAAUCAACAAGCGAGUCAGCAAGCGAAUCAAGCACCCGCUGGUGGAGCUGUCAAUACGAAUAAUGGACAGAAUGCUGCGGCUCCUGCUAGACCCCAAUUGAACCCUCAGCAACAAGCUCCAAAUCCAGCAAUGCAAGGUGCUCAAGCGGUAAAUGCAGCUAUAGAAGCCGCGAAAAACCAGCAACAGAUGGGUGCCCGUCCUAUGCCACAAAAUCAAAAUAACCAGAUUUCCCAAUCCCAAAUGCCGGGCGCGGGCGCUCCUUCCCUACCACAACAGCAAGUUGCGCAAAAUAUCAAGACCGAGACGGGCCUUCCUCCUCCCAUAAAUACUUCCAUCAACCAGAUGCAAACUUCCCGACCCAUGCAAAACUCACCAUUAACUGCUGGCGGUCAUCCUCAAUCUGGUCACCCCCAAUCAGCUGGACUUCCUCAAUCCGCAAAUACUCAACAACCACCACGGGCUCUUACGCAUCAGGCAGCCCUUACUCAAGCAGCCAGAAGCUAUUCCAGCGGUAAUACAACAGCACCACAAGUCAUGGGUCACUCACAUCCAUCCGCGACUCAACGCGAUCCUCAAAUCAACACCAACAAGAUGCCCAUCCCCAAGCACCUUCCUGAACGCGCAGUUGCGCCUCCUCAACCGGUAGCCAUUAAUCAGGCACGACCAACUUAUUCUGGUGGCCCGAGUAAUGUGGGUAAUGGCGUUAUGUCUCAACCUGUCCUUCCCAAGGCGCCUGGUUAUAAUAUGAGUGGAGAGGGAGAUCGUGUGAUGAGUAGGAAGAAAUUGGAUGAGCUUGUGAAGCAGGUCACUGGGGGUGGUAAUGGAGAUGCUCCUAGUUUGACGCCCGAAGUUGAAGAGGUAAGCUUUUAUUAUUGAUAUUUUUCUUACAUUUCUUCACUUUUUUUCACUUUCACUUCCACACUCACUCCCUCCUCACUUUCACUCUUUCACCUCUUCCUAUUACUCACCGUGACUAACACUCUCCUCAGUCCAUGCUUACUGUAGCCGAUACCUUCGUCGACCAAGUUCUCCACGCUGCCUGCAAAGUCGCCAAAGAACGCGGUUCUAAAGCCCUGGAGAUUCGCGAUAUCCAACUCACUCUGGAACGUGGAUAUAAUAUCCGUAUCCCAGGAUAUGCGAGUGAUGAGAUUCGAACGGUCAAGAAGAUUCAACCGGCUACCAAUUGGAUCAAUAAGAUGAGUGCGGUGCAGGCUAGUAAGGUGACCGGGGGUAAGGGGGGUGAUUGAUUUUUUCGUCAUGAGAGAUAGGGGUAGAAGGAGAUACGAGGGAUAAGUGAAUCAAAGCUUAUGAACCGCAUCUUGCUGGGUGUUUUAUGGGGUUUGGGUUAUGGGGGAGGAAAGGGGGGAUUCGCGUCAAGUUCGUUGCGUUGCUUUACUAGGUCGGUAUGUACAUACCUGAAAACCAUGGAGUUCUGCGGUUCAUGGGUUCAUGGAGGGAAUGUUUAUGUGGGAUGGGAUGCGUGGUACAUAUAUGCGUGGUACAUAUAUGCGUGGUAUUUGCUUGGGGGGUUUUUUUGAUGGGAGGGAGGCAUUGCAUGGUCGGUACCUUUCUUCGUGGCA